AUGGCGCGAAUACACUUCAAUGGUGGAGAAGACGAUGGCAAUGUCUCCAGGCCUGUGAAGAGAAUGCGGUGGGCUACGACUCGUAAAACUGGCCAGAGUGGGGUGAAGAAGCGACUUUCUCUGCUGCAAAGGGUGCCAAAAGUGAGGUUGUCCGCCUAUGAAGAAAAGCCCGAGGGCCAUGAGAACCAUGGCGAGAUAUCAGAGGACAGUCCAAUGGGCCUACAGCAACAGCUAGGCGACGUCUCCUCUUCGCGGACCAUCUAUGUGAAUGUGCCGCUGCCUCCUGAAGCCAAAACGGAAGAUGGCCAUAUCAAGGCGCAGUAUUCCCGGAACAAGAUCAGGACGUCAAAGUACACUCCUCUCAGCUUCGUGCCCAAGAACUUGUGGUUUCAGUUUAACAACAUCGCCAACAUAUACUUUUUGUUCAUCAUUAUCCUCAGUAUAUUCUCCAUCUUUGGGGCAUCCAGCCCCGCUCUGGGAUCCGUCCCCUUAAUCUUCAUUUUGGCAGUGACCGCCAUCAAAGAUGCAAUCGAGGAUUGGCGCAGGACGGUGCUGGACAACGAGCUCAACAAUUCUCCUGUCUACAGGCUGGUAGAUUGGACCAAUGUCAACUCCUCGGAAGAUGACAUCUCCUUGUGGAGACGGUUCAAGAAGUCAUGUACGCGGGCAGUCGUGGUCACGUAUCGCCGGAUGAAGAAUCUGGGUCACAAGAAAGCCAAACGGUCAGAGAAGGAUGUGGACGGUGCUACUCUUGAGCGCCACGAUUCUCAUGCUACGCGGCCGUCCAUCCGGAACUCCAUUUACUCCCAAAGGACGUCGUUCCAGUCGAGCCACAGUCGGACGGGCGAUGAUAUUGCGAUGACGCCCGUCCCAUCUCCAGCUUAUCGGUCCAGUCUAGGUCCGAAUGCUCAACUGAAUCCCCAUGGAGAACCGCCCAACAGCGCCUUCUCAUUCGAUACGGGUGAUAAUGCACCUUCUAUGCUUCGCACGCAGCCGCCUGCCAAGGGGCAAUUCAACAUGGCCCCGACAAAGGACUACGGUAGCAUAAUCAAUCCCCAGAAAGAGGUUCCAGACAAAGCUCGAUUUAAGAGGGAUUACUGGAAGAACGUUCAGGUUGGUGACUUUGUUCGCAUUUAUAACGACGAACAAAUCCCCGCGGACGUUGUCGUCCUUUCGACCUCUGAUCCGGAUGGGGCGUGCUACAUCGAGACCAAAAACUUGGACGGUGAGACGAAUUUGAAAGUGCGUCAAGCAUUACAGGCCGGGCGGAAAGUCAGGCACGCGAAAGACUGCGAAUACGCCGAGUUUGUCAUCGAGAGCGAAGGUCCCGACCCAAAUCUGUACACUUACAGUGCCGUCGCCAAGUGGCAGCAACGGGACCCGCGAAACCCAGACGCUCCGGUCCGUGAAAUGGCCGAGCCCAUCAGCAUCAACAAUCUCCUCCUGCGAGGCUGCAACCUGAAGAAUACAGAGUGGAUUCUCGGCAUCGUCGUGUUCACGGGCAGGGAGACGAAAAUCAUGCUGAACUCGGGCAUGACGUCCAGUAAACGGGCGCGGUUGGCCCGAGAGCUGAACUGGAACGUUAUCUACAACUUCAUCGUCCUCUUCUUCAUGUGCUUGGUGGCCGGCAUCGUACAAGGGGUGACCUGGGCAGACGGGAACAAUUCCCUAGAUUACUUCGAGUUUGGCUCGAUUGGCGGCACUCCAGCCUUGGACGGGUUCAUCACCUUCUGGUCAGCAGUCAUCCUGUUUCAGAACUUGGUGCCCAUCUCAUUGUACAUCACUUUGGAGAUUGUGAGAUCGAUCCAGGCUUUCUUCAUAUGGUCCGACGUCUACAUGUACUACGAGAAGCUUGACUACCCAUGCACCCCGAAGAGUUGGAACAUCUCAGAUGACCUUGGCCAGAUCGAGUACAUCUUUUCGGACAAGACUGGGACAUUGACUCAGAACGUCAUGGAGUUCAGAAAAUGCACCAUCAACGGUCGGGCGUAUGGAGAGGCAUACACCGAAGCAGAAGCAGGCAUGCGUCGAAGACAAGGGAUCGAUGUCGAAGCUGAGUCUGCACGCAUCAACCAGCAGAUUGCGGAGUCUCGCCGCAGCAUGCUGAGCAUGUUGCGUCAAACGCACGACAACCCAUAUCUGCAUGACGACCAACUUACCUUUGUGUCCCCCGACUUCGUGGCCGACUUGAACGGAAGGUCUGGCGAAGAACAAGCUCGAGCAAACGAGCAUUUCAUGCUGGCUCUAGCCCUUGCUCAUACGGUGAUUACUGAGACAACUCCUGGCGAUCCACCCACGAUCGAAUUCAAGGCGCAGUCCCCUGACGAAGCUGCUCUGGUGGCGACGGCGCGAGACGUGGGCUUCACCGUCCUUGGUCGGACCAAUGAUGAUCUCCAUGUCAAUGUUCUCGGUGAAGAUCGAACGUUUCGCAUCCUGAAUACAUUGGAGUUCAAUUCUACCCGGAAGCGGAUGAGCGCCAUUGUGCGCAUGCCCGACGGAAAGAUCAAACUCUUUUGCAAAGGCGCUGAUAGCAUGAUCUAUUCUCGCCUGGCCCGGGGUCAACAGCAAGAGCUCCGCAAAAAGACUGCAGAGCACUUGGAAAUGUUCGCCCGGGAAGGCUUGAGAACGCUCUGCGUGGCAGAGAGAGAGCUCGAUGAGGAAACCUAUCAAGAAUGGAAUCGAGACCAUGACUUCGCGGCGCAGGCUUUGACCGAUCGAGAAGACCGGCUCGAAGAGGUGGCAGAUCGCAUUGAGCGUGAUCUCGUUCUUCUGGGAGGCACGGCGAUCGAGGAUCGUCUCCAGGAUGGCGUGCCGGACACCAUUGCCCUUCUUGGGCAGGCAGGCAUCAAGUUGUGGGUUUUGACCGGUGACAAAGUCGAGACAGCGAUCAACAUUGGUUUCUCUUGCAAUCUGCUUUCCAAUGAGAUGGACCUUCUUCUGUUCGACAUGCCCGAAGGCAGAGUCGAGGACGCUUCCGACCUCCUGGACAAGCAUUUGAAGACCUUUGGGUUGACCGGCUCCGACGAGGAAUUGGCGGCAGCUCGACAGAAUCACGAACCUCCGCCACCGACUCAUGCUGUAAUCAUCGAUGGUGAGUCGCUUAAGCUGGUCUUGGAGGAUGAGUUGAGACAGCGCUUCCUCUUGCUCUGCAAACAAUGCAGGUCGGUGCUCUGCUGCCGAGUCAGCCCCGCGCAAAAGGCUGCCGUCGUCCAGCUUGUUCGGAAUGGCCUCGAUAUUAUGGCCUUGUCCAUCGGCGAUGGGGCGAACGAUGUUGCCAUGAUCCAGGAAGCGGAUGUUGGCGUAGGUAUUGCUGGCGAAGAAGGCCGCCAGGCCGUCAUGUCCUCUGACUACGCCAUCGGUCAAUUCCGGUUCCUUCAGCGGCUUGUACUGGUUCAUGGCCGUUGGUCUUAUCGACGUCUGGCCGAGACGAUCGCCAACUUCUUCUACAAGAACAUUGUAUGGACCUUCGCGCUCUUCUGGUAUCAGAUAUACAACAACUUCGACAUCACUUAUCUGUUCGACUACACUUAUAUUCUGCUGGUUCACGUGGUCUUCACAUCGCUGCCAGUGGGGCUCAUGGGCAUUCUCGACCAAGAUGUCAGUGACAAAGUAUCGCUUGCAGUACCUCAGUUGUAUCGACGCGGCAUGGAGAGAAAGGAAUGGACGCAGUUGAAGUUCUGGCUCUACAUGGCUGAUGGCCUGUAUCAGUCGGCCAUGUGUUUCUUCAUGGCCUACCUCCUUUUUGCCCCAGCCACGUUCCAGUCCGAGACUGGACGAGGCAUCGACGACCGAAGCCGAAUGGGGGUCUACGUUGCCUGCGUCGCCAUUGUCGUGAUCAACUCUUACAUCCUACUAAACACGUACAAAUGGGAUUGGUUCAUGGUCCUGAUUACGGUGAUAAGUAUCCUGCUGAUCUUUGCCUGGACGGGAAUCUAUUCGUCCUUUGAGGCGUCGUUCCAAUUUUACAAGUCGGGCGCCGAGGUGUACGGCUCGUUGACGUUCUGGGCUCUAUCGCUCUUGACCGUCCUCCUUUGCCUGCUGCCUCGGUUCGCCAUCAAAUUCCUCCAGAAGAACUUCCGACCGUACGACAUCGACAUCAUCCGGGAGCAAGUGCGGCAGGGCAAAUUCAAAUAUCUGGAUGACUACGACGCCUCCAUCCCCCCCAAAGCUGUGGAUGUUUCGGGAACGUGGUCGGAACAACCGGGCGAGGAUGUGCCAACCGAGUUGGGCGGAUACCAAGGCCAUGCAAGGUAUCCCAGCAUGGCCGAAUCCCAGCGGCCCAUUUAUCCGCCUUCGGAGGCACCGACUCGAGACACACGGCAUCCUCAUAGUCAGACGGACAGUGACGGCACGGACCGGACCAAGCUGUCUCUUGACACAUCCCGGCAUUACGGCGAGCCCUCCACGCCCACGCCCGAGAAGACUGUGCGGAAGAGACCUUCCCUGGAGCGAGUCCGUUCCUCACUUGAACGACCCCGGCAGUCGUUCGAGAAGCUCAGGCCGAGCUUUGAAGGUAGCCGGGACUUUACGAGUGCGGCGAUGCUGAGCAGAAUCGAGUCCACCCAGUCGCAACCGGCCAGCUCGAUCUACUCGCAGCCUGGCCUUUCCACCACCACUACGAGAAGAACGCAAGAUAUCGGUGAGGAGCGCCAGUACCCACCACCUCGCUAUUGA